UUCCUGUGACCCUUUUGUAGAUAAGGGGGUUCUCCACCGAGGAAAAGCGGGUACAAAGUUCCGCUGUCUCGCAAAACUUUGAGGCGGCGUGUCAAGCUUUUCUCUACUCUAGGUAGGAACAGAUGUCAUGAUGACUUGUGUAGUAUCUGUUCUUAUCAGCGUACGUCCGCAGCGCGUGGUUCGUAAAAGGGCAGCUACUUAACAUUUUUUAAGAAGUCACAAUUAUGGUAGGUCUACAAGGAGUUCGCGCAAGGCUCGAGUUAGCUCCGCGCCAGCAGGCAUUUGCACCCAGUAGUCCACAGCCUGUAGGACCUGAAUGUAGGUCUUGGAAAGUGCCAUGUUGAAAGAUGCUGGACGAGACGCUUACUGGUAUUCAUGUAAGGCAGCCCUAUAGCUGAGUUUUAAAGCCUUUAGCGGGAAACAAGCAAGACCACGCAAAAGAGACAAGGUAUGACAUGGUAUGACCAUUGAUGCCAGUGAUAUGGAAAACAUGAAGCGGCGCGCAUGGAUUUCUGAAUUCACGCCGUUUUCGGUCAACCGAACAUUUUGCGUUUCUUCCUCAAGGGGGUUGACCUGAGGCUGCUUCUCAACAAGACGCUGGCCCAAGUGCAAAGUGCGAAGAAAACAGAGUGAGGCCAACAGGAUGACUAUAUACAGAGAAAACCAACCAAAAAAAUCAUUUUUCGGUGCUACAACCCAGGGCUCAUUAAUUUUCAUGAGAGGCAUUGCUAGAGGAUGACUAGAGUUUGGUCCGCACAUUCUGACAUCAUGAGCUGAUGAGCCACCUUAGCACAGCUCUUCCCAAUUGGCCAAACUUAGUCUUGACUUGGCUUUGGCUGUUUCUGGCUCACGCGGCAUGUUUUGGGAGACCCAUGGAGACCGUAAUGCAGCCAUGAAUGUGGAGACCGGCUUGCCCUGCGCAAGCGUGCCUGGCCUGGGUGGGGAUGAACUGCCAAGCUUCAGUGCUGAACAAUGCCCAGAGGACAUAAAGAUCGUUAUUCAUCUGGUUGCAGCGAGUUUAAAGAGGAGUCCGACAUUUCAAAGAUAUUGGCCCUGGGGCAAAACCCUUAUCCAGAGGAGCUGCGACCAGUUUGUGUGCAGUGCGCAGGAAAGUGGAUCAAAUACCCAAAGUAUAUUACAAACCUGCUGCAAACCCUCGUAGACAAAGGGCGGGUCCGAGUCGCCGAACUUGUCUUUGAUUUCAUGCGCGGCAAUGGGAUUGAAAUGGGCACGAUCCACUGGAAUACUAUGAUUUCUGCAUUGCAGGACACACCAGAGACCGGUCUCCAGUGGUUGGAUUGGAUGAAACAUUCAGGUGUGGAGCCUGAUGUUGUCUCUUACAAUGCCGUCCUGAAGCAAUCUCAGCACACAAAGGAUUGGCAGAAAUCUUUGCAGAUUUUGGAAGACAUGACAAGAGAUCAGGUUGCGGCAAACAUCAGAACCUUGAACACUGUAAUAGAUACGUGUGUGCAGUCUGGACAAAGAGCUCUUGCUGUACAACUUGCACUUUCUUUGUACGAAUGGCACCUGGAAGUCGACGUCUUAACGUGCUUAUCCCUCAUAGACGCCUUUCACGAGUAUGGAGGAUGGCAGAAAGCAUUGAGUUUGUUGUUUGGUAUGCCUCAGCUGGAAUUGGAGGCAAACGAGUUUUGCUUCUCAAGUGCAAUGGUCUCGUGCAGAAAUUCUCAUCAAUGGCAGCGGGCAUUCCAUCUAUUCUACUCGAUGCAAGCGUUUCAGCUGCUUCCAGACGCAGCUUGUUAUAGCGCUAUGAUUGGGGCUUGCGAAGAGUCAGGGACGAGCUGGGCAUUGGCCCUGAGCCUUUUGAGGCAAAUGAUGAGAUCACAAGUGGCACCCAAUCACUCGUGCUUCACCAGUACUCUGGUCUGUUUGAAGAUCCCUCAAGAGUGGUCUAUUGCAAUGGAACUGCUUUCAUUCAUGCCACAAUUUGGUAUCAUUCCUAAUCACAUUCACUGGAAUGCUGCAAUGAGUACCUGUGCUACUUCUGACUGGCAGCAAGCCCUUGUACUAAUGAACAUGAUGCGAGACCUCGGUAUACAUCCCGACACUGACACAGUGGCAAUAGCCAUGGAUGCUUAUCAAACUGCGAGUCUGUGGCAGACUGCUUUGAAUAUGUUUAGGUCCAUGCCAACCUUGGAGUUGUUUCCAGGGAUACGGAGUUACAAUAGCGCAUUGAAUACCUUGCACCAGAUGGAAUGUGGAUUUGAAAUCUGGAGCAGCGCGCUCAAGGAAGGGGUAUAUCCCAAGUUGCUUAACAAAGGACGCAACAUUUUGGAUUUGCACCGCUUGUCCCGUGGUGCUGCGCAAAUUGCGCUACGAUGGUGGCUUGGAGAGGUUGUGCCAGAGCUUCUUGAGUCGGAUCCAGCCCGGUACUAUUUGAUAAUCACUGGCCAUGGGAAGGAGCACAAAGAGGGCUCGGUCAUUAGCGACACGACAAGGCAUUUGCUGGACAGCCUUGGACUACGAUUUCGUUUGCCAAACAAGAAGGAGAAGGUGGAAGUACAAGCACAAGCAGCGGGCGAGGCUGAAAGGGUUGAAACAUCACAUCGACGCUGCAACAUCAUGCAACUCAAUGACCGCAGCAACAAACACCUUUUGACAAUCACGAUCUCAGGACUUCGGAGCUUUCAGUUUGACCAAGAAACACUUGUCCGCGCAAACACUGCGCAGGCAACUCAAGCUUCCGAGUCUUUGGCGGCUUUGGGUAAAAACUGUCCGAGUCUUCACAGUUGCUGCACGGGCAUGGUGAUCGAGCAAGUUGAACAAAACGAGUCGUCGAUCUUUGAGUGUCAGACUGUCAGGCCUCCAGACAGGAUGUCACAAGGUCAGCUUGAACCUGGAAGUUGCAAGUGAGCAAAGAGCUGGAUAUAUUUAAGACUUGUACAAUUAGCAUCCAUUGACGAUAUCAAUCAAUCCCAAUAGCCAAUAGCCAAUGGUUUUUGCAUGUGGGACGAGCAAAAAAAACACUGUAGAGUUGUCUCCUUUCCAUUUUGGCUCACAGUUUGUACAGGUGGAUGUUUUAUUUGA